AUGAAAAUCUUCAAUCUCGGCUUGCAGAUGUUAUGCGGCUUGCGGCACUGGAUGUAUUGGCUGACAGCAUUUAUAUGGGAUUAUGCUGUUUUCCUGAUCCCUGCAUCUUUAUGCAUGAUCGUGUACAUAUCGCGGAGUAGCGUGGGAUUAACACUUUACUUAAUUAUGCUUCUUUAUGGAUGGGCUGAACUACCGUUCGUUUAUUUCUGCUCAAUAUUGUUCGAUUCACCAACCAAAGGAAAUGCGACCAUCUGUGUUUACAAUUUCAUGACAGGUCUGUUAAGUGGUUUUUCAAGUUAA